AUGAAAGAACUUUAUGAAGAACAACAGAAGAAAAUCGACGGCUACUUCCAACGUUUUGUAUUUCCUGUAUUGAGGUCACAUACUAGCGCCGGGCUCGGUCGCCUCUUGUUUCAAGAUGUUAAGGACCGGUCUUCCUAUCCGUUCCUGUGGAUGGGUUUAAGCUCCUCCUGUCCUUUGAUGAGGGCCCUCCGCUGCUUACCACGUGCUUCACAGGUUCUGUUUGCUGUUGGAGACCGAACGAGACCUACAAAAAACGAUAAACUUCUGCUGAAGGACUUCAUUGCCACAUUGCGUCAGAGUUUAUCCACCGCAAUAAACACGAAAGCCACCGAGGGCUCAAUUAAGGGAUAUCAAGAAUCCCUUAAACUACCCAGCUAUAGGGGCUCUGUAUCUCGCUAG